GCUCUGGCAGCCCAAGCUUUGAGAGAGCCAUUUGGCUCUCACGAGCGUGGGGCAAGGAUUUGGGCUGCCUUUGCGAUCUAUUUCAGCCGCACGGAACACGUACACCACGAUCCUGAAUUGCCUGUUCAGCGCUAGGCUCCCAAAAGGGCUGCCCACCAAUCUCGGCCAAGACCUGUGGUACUAAAACGACCUGUGGUACUAAAACAUGGUCCUCCAGGCUGCCCUCAUCACAAUCAUAGCGCUCGACGGGCUCGCCUUCAUCGCCUUCUGCACGGCGAUCUACCUCCGCAAGACGUGCACGCCGCGGCGGCAGAAGGACGUACGGUGGGCGCUGCGUAUCGCCUACGUGUGUAUGUUCGUGCUCGGCGUCAUAUGCGUCGCCACGAUCGGCGCCUCGCCAGCCGCCGCCGCGAUCGCGGGCGUCCUGCUGGGCAACGCCGCCGCCCUGAUGGUUGCGGACUUCCUCGUGCCGCGCUGCUUCACGCUCGACACGCACUCCAUCGGCGCAGAUGCGCCGCAGGAGAACGCGCUGCGGGACCCCGAGGCGGUCACAUAA